GGCUCAGGCAGGGCAGUACAACUGAGCAGGGAGGAGAUUUUUGUGGAAGAAGGAAAAAAACGUCCAGUUUCUUUUCCACUUAAAUGAAACCAGAGUUCAGUGUGGGUUUUGAAUUGAUGUGGCACUGAGUCACUUCUUGACUUCUUCAGGAUGAGUCGGUAAAUGAUGUAGACAUAACCUGGAUUACUCCAGUUGACUUCAGAUAAAAUCUCUCUCACAACUCAGCUAACGGCACCUCAAACCGUCCAUGAUGUCUGAAACCAUCGUUUUCUUUGACCUGCAGACCACUGGAUUUGGCCAGCAGUGUCACAUCACCCAGUUGUCGGCUGUCUGUGGAGAGAGGGAAUUAAAGUUCUUCACCCUCCCCGGGUGCCCCAUCAAUCAAAGAGCCACAGAGCUGACAGGUUUCACCAUCAAUGAUGGCCGCCUGUUUCUCAACGGGAGACCUGUAGACACCGUCGCCUUAUUUUAUGCUCUUACCUCCUUCAUCAACUUCCUGCGCUCCUGUCGCAGCGGCCGCCCCCGCCGCCCCGUGCUGCUGGCGGCCCACAAUGCAAAGCGGUUUGGUGCACCCAUACUCACCAGACUGUUGGAUAUGUUCUCCCUCUGGCAUCAGUUCGAGCAGGUGGUGUCUGGGUUUGUGGAUAUGUUGCCACUAGGCAAGGAGCUCUAUCCUGAUCUGCCCAAUCAUCGGCUUCAGACUCUGGUGGAGCACUGCCUGGGAGAAGACUACAAUGUCCCCACGCCGAAGGACGCCAUGAUACAGCAGGAGUUGUUCAACUCAUGGAGUCAAGAGUUUGGAAGUCUUGAUAGAUACCUACAUAACCCCAAAAUUUUUAAAGAGCUUUAAAAAAAAGAAAAAAAAGACUGUCCACAAAAACAAAAUAUUCCAUUUAAAAACUGACCUUUCCAAUGAACCAAAUGGACAAAGACUACUCUGACUUCCCCUUGAAUGCAUUUACCUACCUUGGAAUCAAAGUCACUUAUACAAUAUGGGAGUUAUACAACCAUAACUUUAAAACACUACUGGAACAAACAAAACAAGAUUUCACAAAAUGGUCAGCAUUACCAACUUUACUAGUAGGCCGCAUUAAUAUAGUAAAGAUGACGGUGGUCCUGUUGGUCAGUGUUUACUUAUUCAGGUAAAGCUGGCGGUCCCGGAGAGUGAGUGACCUGACAUGGUGCCUUCAUGAAUUCAGUCUGACGCUCUACACUAAAAUGAAAGCCCUGUCAGUUUAAGAAAUGGAGCGUUAUAUUUCUACAUGAAUUAACCAAUAGUUAAGUUAAUCAUACAUUUACUCCACUCGAUGCUCUGCUGCUCCGUCUCUCGACAAAGAGUGCCCAGAGUGUGGUGCUCUGAAUAACCAAACAGUACAUUCAGACAACACUCAAACUUUAUGAAUGGUCCAGUUCGUGCCAGAGUGCUCUCUGACACUUGCAAUGAAUAUUCCUGAAUGCACCACUCACAUCAUCUCCCUCCAUUGUCCAAAACACGCCAACAGAAGUUGCUAACUAGUGCUGGCUAAUGUCUGUGGAGAAUUGUUUCACCUCUAGCUAAGCCCCGCCCACCAAAAAACUUCAUGCUGUUUACUAACAGUAAAAGGGUCUGUAAACAGGGCCCAGAUUGGGUUUAUAUGGAACUGUUAUCCAAUUCUCUAAUGAUACUCACCUCUCCACUACCACAUAACUGUAAAGUACAGUUAACAAACCCGGUGAUAAAAGCUUCGCUGAAGGUAUGGUUGCAGUUAGGGAGGUAUUUUGGUCUGAGAUAGGCAAGCGGGCUUUUUCCUGUAACAAAUAACCAUUUCCUCUCACCAUCUGUGUUAAAUGAUGCAUAUUAAUAUUGGCAUAGAAAGAGACUGGAGUUUUUUUGUGAUUUAUUUAAAGACAAUACAUUUACCUCCUUUGAAGCACUUACUACAAACCAUAACAUACCCAGACCCCAUUUUUUAGGGGUCGAGAAAAAAACAAAAGAUUCCCCUCAUUUCCUUACCCACCACCCAGAAACGAACCAGACGUUAUUUUGGAAUCAGAUCCCUUUGACAAGAAACAUGUCUCUAUGAUUGACACACUGACACAGUAACUAAAACAGAUAUCCUAAAAUAAAACAAAAAUUCUGAGGAUGCUUGACGAGACAGUUGAACUUGUAUGCACACCUUCUAACUGCAUAUACGACGCGGCCUAAAUCAAUUUAAAGUACCUCACUGUCUGUAUUACUCAAGGGAUAAAUUUGCCAGACUGGUUUCCAGAGCAGAUCCUGGCUGUCCGAGGUGUAACCACAGCCCAGCCACAAUAGGACAUGUUUUAACGCCCUCAAUAACUACUGGGGACUAAUAUUUUUUUGCAUAUUUGUGAACUCAUCAUAGCACCUGAUUUCACAUUGGCAGUUUUGGUAUCCCAUCCCCAAAUUGCAAGAUCACAACUCUGCAGACGAAUGCUGUAGCGUUCACUUCACAGACUGCUUCUUUUUAACUGAAAGUCAAACAAAGCCUCAUCAUUCCUAAAUGUGUUUAAAGCAGGUACUCUCUCUUCUGCCUUUAGAAAAACUUUGAUAUAAAGUAUUCAAAACAAUUAUCAGGUUUUUUUUAAACAUUAAUAUUCUCUUGAACUUUUUUACUCUUUUGCAACAUAAACAGUCACCGAGCAUUAAUAAACAUACACGAGGAGGACAUUUUUUCUUCAAAUAAAUAAAUAAAAUAAUAAUAUAAAAAUGCAUAGAAAAAUAGAUAAAAAAUAAAAAUAAAAAAUAAUAAAUAAAUAAUAAUAAAAAUCUAUAUUUCUACAUAAAUAUACAUUACAAUCUACUCUGAUCCACAAGCAGCAGAUGAGCUCUCUGACACUCAGAAAUUGUGCAACUGAGCACUGAGAACAUACAGCCUUGGGCAGAACUCGAAGUUAGUCCACGUGAUGUUUUUUACAUCAGUAUUACUUGAUAUUUGAAAUGGGA